UCACUGGGAUUGGGAAUGGGAAUGACUUGUAAGGAUUCAACUAAAAAGACGCAGGCUGGUCAUGUAGGAGUGGGAAUCGCAGUCACCAGGUGGCCAAGGCCAUGGCCGCGGCCCUCCGGCUCCUGCGCCGCCGCCGCCGCCGCUGUCUCCGAUGCUGCGUUCUCUCUUCCCCGCGUCCUACUCCAAGGUGAGGCCGCCGCCGACGACGACAGCCUCCCUGCCGCGUGCCGCGCGGCUCUGACCCCGCCGCCAACAUCCCUUCCCCGGCAAUAUUGCAGGGAUGUUUUUCCAAGGAAGGCUCCUCCUCCAAAGGAUGGACUAAGCUGCUGCACUCCUGUUCCAAAUACCGUGAGUGAAGGUUCAAAGUCGCUGCUGGAUCGACUGAAGGAUCUCAAGGCUGCUGCCAACAGCCUCCCGGCCAUGUGCCGUGCGGCCCUGACCCUGCCGCCACCAUCCCUUUCCCAGCAAUACUACAGGGAUGUUUUUCCUAGGAAGGCUCCUCCUCCAAAGGAUGAACCACGCCGCUGCAGUACUGUUCCAAAAAUCACGAGUGACGGCACAAAGUCGCUGCUGGAUCAACUGAAGGAUCUCAAGGACAGUAAGAAGGCAUUGCAGGACAGAAACACGAAUCUUGAGAAACACAAGGAAAUGAUAAGUAAAGAAGUACAUGAUUGUAUGAUUUCUAAUGCUUUGUUUAAGGUACGGUUGGCUGGCCACAUGAGACUUUCUCGAUGCUAUGAGGUGAAGGGUUUAUUGCAAUGUACAGUAUAUGUUUAGUGUGGUGUCAGGAAUUGCAAAGAUCCAUCGAAGAGAAGGUUAUGAAGGUGUGUGUCAGUCUUGAGGUGUGUGCCGCUGUUGGCCUCGUUGGAGUGCUUCUGAUGAUACUGGCAAAGAACUAGAUUAGAGCACCAUGGGCUUUUCUUCAUCUUCCUUUUGUGUAGAAAUGACUAGGCCAAGCUGGUAUUUGUAGUGGUGGAGUAGCAUUUAACCGUUGCCUUGAUUACUCUAUGUGCUGUUAUACAGUGCAUCUUCAAACCUGCAGGAGAAGCGUGCCGUCCAUGUUCUUGCUAACAAAAAGAAAGCCAAGUGACACCCUUCAUACUAUUCCAGUUAUCCCCAUGUAAUACAAUAGAACUCGGUUUAUGCUAUGAUAUGCAACACCUGAAGAAGACUUGGGGUGAAAAAGUGAUGUAUUGCUCUUGGAAUAGGGCGAUGUCAUGAACUUGAAAGAGCGAUGUUAUCUCUUCUGCUGAAUGCUGAUUACAAGUUAAGUAACUAGAACUGUUUAGUAUCUUUCUGUACGAUGCCAUCA